CCGCCCCCCACCUCACGUAGUUGGAGGUUUCCAGAAGUGCUAGCACUACCGCGCCGCGCAGUUCUCGGCGGUCCGAGCGCGUGUUUGCUGCCUCGUAUUUCCACCAUUUAGCAGCCAUGAUAAGCGCCAGCCGAGCCGCAGUAGCCCGUCUUGUCGGCGCCGCAGCCUCCCGGGGCCCCACAGCAGCUCGCCACCAGGAUGGCUGGAAUGGCUUUAGUCAUGAAGCUUUUAGAAUUGUUUCAAGGCGGGACUAUGCAUCAGAAGCAAUCAAGGGAGCAGUUGUUGGUAUUGAUUUGGGUACUACCAACUCCUGUGUGGCAGUUAUGGAAGGUAAACAAGCAAAGGUGCUAGAGAAUGCUGAAGGUGCCAGAACCACCCCUUCAGUUGUAGCCUUUACAGCAGAUGGUGAGCGACUUGUUGGCAUGCCGGCCAAGCGACAGGCUGUCACCAACCCAAACAACACAUUCUAUGCUACCAAGCGUCUCAUUGGCCGGCGAUAUGAUGACCCAGAAGUUCAAAAAGACAUUAAAAAUGUUCCUUUUAAAAUUGUCCGUGCCUCUAAUGGCGAUGCCUGGGUUGAAGCUCAUGGAAAACUCUAUUCCCCAAGUCAGAUUGGAGCAUUUGUGUUGAUGAAGAUGAAAGAAACUGCAGAAAAUUACUUGGGGCAUACAGCAAAAAAUGCUGUGAUCACCGUCCCAGCUUAUUUCAAUGACUCUCAGAGACAGGCCACUAAGGAUGCUGGCCAGAUAUCUGGACUAAAUGUGCUUCGGGUAAUUAAUGAACCCACAGCGGCUGCUCUGGCCUAUGGUCUAGACAAAUCAGAAGACAAAAUCAUUGCCGUAUAUGAUUUAGGUGGUGGAACUUUUGAUAUUUCCAUACUGGAAAUUCAGAAAGGAGUAUUUGAGGUGAAAUCCACCAAUGGAGACACUUUUUUAGGUGGUGAAGACUUUGACCAGGCCUUGCUGCGUCACAUUGUGAAGGAGUUCAAAAGAGAGACAGGGGUUGAUUUGACCAAAGACAACAUGGCGCUUCAGAGGGUUCGGGAAGCCGCUGAGAAGGCCAAGUGUGAACUCUCUUCAUCUGUGCAGACUGACAUCAAUUUGCCAUACCUUACAAUGGAUGCUUCUGGACCCAAGCAUUUGAAUAUGAAGCUGACCCGGGCUCAGUUUGAGGGGAUUGUUACUGAUCUAAUCAGAAGGACCAUAGCUCCAUGCCAAAAAGCGAUGCAAGAUGCAGAAGUCAGCAAAAGUGACAUAGGAGAAGUGAUUCUGGUUGGUGGCAUGACUAGGAUGCCCAAGGUUCAGCAGACUGUGCAGGAUCUCUUUGGCCGAGCCCCAAGUAAAGCUGUCAAUCCUGAUGAGGCUGUGGCCAUUGGAGCUGCCAUUCAGGGAGGUGUGUUGGCUGGUGAUGUCACAGAUGUGCUACUCUUGGAUGUCACUCCCCUGUCUCUGGGUAUUGAGACUCUGGGAGGUGUCUUCACCAAGCUUAUUAACAGGAACACCACUAUUCCAACCAAGAAGAGCCAGGUGUUUUCUACAGCUGCUGAUGGACAGACUCAAGUGGAGAUUAAAGUGUGUCAGGGUGAGAGAGAGAUGGCUGGAGACAACAAACUUCUUGGACAGUUUACUUUGAUUGGGAUUCCCCCAGCCCCUCGAGGAGUUCCUCAGAUUGAAGUUACAUUUGACAUUGAUGCCAAUGGGAUUGUACAUGUUUCUGCCAAAGAUAAGGGUACAGGACGCGAGCAGCAGAUUGUGAUCCAGUCUUCCGGUGGGUUAAGCAAAGAUGAUAUUGAAAAUAUGGUUAAAAAUGCAGAGAAGUAUGCUGAGGAAGACCGGCGAAAGAAGGAACGAGUUGAAGCAGUUAAUAUGGCUGAAGGAAUCAUUCAUGACACAGAAACCAAGAUGGAAGAAUUCAAGGACCAAUUGCCUGCUGAUGAGUGCCACAAGCUAAAAGAAGAGAUUUCCAAAAUGAGGGAGCUCCUCGCUCGAAAAGACAGUGAAACAGGACAAAACAUAAGAGAGGCAGCAUCUUCCCUUCAGCAAGCAUCAUUGAAGCUCUUCGAAAUGGCAUACAAAAAGAUGGCAUCUGAGCGGGAAGGCUCUGGAAGUUCUGGCACUGGGGAGCAAAAGGAAGAUCAAAAGGAAGAGAAACAGUAACAGCAAUAAACUUUGGAGUCGAAAGGACAACAUAUUAUGAUGCUUGGGAGUGAAGGGAUUUCCUGAGCUGAAAUGGGCAAAACUUCAGUUUUCUACUGUGUUUUUGCAGUACUCUAUAUAUAAUUUCCUGAAUAUGUAAAUUUAGUGACCAUUAUAGCUAAUGAUCAUUUAACAAGUGAUAAUUCCCAACAGUACAAAGUUCACAGUAUUCUGUCCCUAGCCUGUCAUUCUUUUUCAGUUGCAUGUAAAAUGGGGGGAAAGAUGAUUUAUUGAUCAUUCUAAAGAUUUAACGUUGUUUUGUGCUGAAGUGGCUGUAUUUUCAAAGGGGUGAAACCAUCUCACACACUGAAGACAGUAUCUGGAAUGAGACCAUAGGGGGAUGAGAUCCUUCUAGUUACCUAAGUACUGCUGUACCAGCCUGUGUGUAUAUGGAGUUCUUCAACUGAGGCCUUGCAAGGCAAGCCAGCUGUGCCAUGUUGGGAGGUAGGGCAGGGGAAGCUAAAUCAAUGGAAAACUAAGCUAGCUAUUUAUGUGAGGUCCAGCUUCUAAAACACAAGUCUCCCAAACUUUCUGAAGGCAUACUUUCCUAGCUACCCUUUGGCCUGUGUCUGGCACCUGUAUCCCUGAUGACUGUUCUUUUUGAUCCAUUCUGGAUUUUUAAAAAAAUAAAUAGGAAAAGCAUUUUGAUCUCUUCUCUGUGAGGGGUGAGGCUCUGAGAUUCAGCUUCAGAAAUAUGACAUAAAUCACAUUUCCCAACUCCCUGACCUCAAUACAGGAUUUUCUAACACUGGCAUUUGAAUUUCUAACAAAUUGAAAACUUGGGAAGGCCGGUAUAAUAAUAAGCAUUAUCACCAAAGACAAGUCUGGUUCAGAGGAGGCUUUUUUUUUUUUUCCUCCCUAGCCCCAUCUGAGGUUUGGAAUGUUGAAAUAGUCUAGCUCUCUAACAUGAAAAUCAGGCCUCCUAUUUCCAGGCUGCUUUCUGCUCUAAAUAAGUCCAACCAGAAUUGGCUUACAGUAAUGAAACACAUCUAGUAUUAAGUCCUAAGGUGAUUUCAGUGGCUCAAUAACAGGAACCCAGAUUCCUUCUAUAGUUUUGCUUUUUCAUCCUCAGUGAGUUGCCUUGUCCUAAUUUCUCUAAUGUAGUUCUAAAUAUCACAUGCUAACAACUUCAGAACCAGGAAGGUGACUGCAUCUUAGAACUCACAAGUUUUAAGAAUUACUUCUUAAGUUUAUUUCUUAAAAAUUAAGGGCUUCCCUGGUGGCGCAGUGGUUAAGAAUCCGCCUGCCAAUGCAGGGGACAAGGGUUCAAGCCCUGGUCCGGGAAGUUCCCACAUGCCACGGAGCAAUGAAGCCCGUGCGCCACAACUACUGAGCCUGCGCUCUAGAGCCCAAAAGCCACAACUACUGAGUCCUCGUGCCCCAACUACUGAAGCCCGCGCGCCUAGAGCCCGUGCUCCGCAACGAGAAGCCACCGCAAUGAGAAGCCCACGCAAUGAGAAGCCCACGCACCGCAACGAAGAGUAGCCCCCGCUCACCGCAACUGGAGAAAGCACGCACACAGCAAGGAAGACCCAACGCAGCCGAAAAUAAAUAAAAUAAAUUUUAAAAAUUGA